AUGCCAGCAUACGAGCCAAAAGCGGUGGCUCAAUACAGAAUCACUUCAGUGGAGUCCACGCGGGAAUCCAGGCGAGAAUCCAGGCGAAAAUCCAGCCGAGCCUACGAUAUCAGCGAAUCUAGCGGACACGCCGAAUAUCAUGUGAACCUAGAGCCUAUUUGGGACCGCUUCCAUAGAAAGGACCUGGUCUUCUACGAGGGACCCGAGUCUAAACCAGGCCCCAUUGUUGCGUGCACCAAAUUCCGGCGUGCUGUCAAGCACGUCGAACUCGGAUUCGGAGAUCUGGCCGAGCCAAGUGACAUCGAGUGGUCAGAGAUGAGGUGUGAAAAGCUAGUCGUUCACUACGUAUUCACUGUGCCCGUCGGUGACGAUCGAAAGCCCCAUACUUUCGUCUGGAAACGCACCCGUUCGCAGGGUAUCGGGUCAAGAGGGCUCAAGCUUGUAGACGAGGCAGACCGGCUGAUUGCGGUAUAUUCGGCUGGUGGAUGUAUGUCUUCGAAUACGGGUCAAAUCGAUAUUUAUGAAGACUUUGGGGGCCAUUUCCAGUUGGUUGUGCUGGUCAGUGCACUUGCAGUACGACAGAGACUCCUUCGAUCAAGAGACGCCGCUGCUGCCGGGGCCGCGUCUGGUGGGGCGGCUGCUGCUGGAGCUGGCUGUUGA